AUGCAGCAGUCGUUCGCUGCGCUGGGUGAUUGUCCGUUGUGUCAAGCUCAGCAGAUCUUUAAAGCUGGGAAAAUAUCUGGAAGCCUUGGUGGGAGUAGAGCGCAUUAUGAUCUACUGCCAAGCUCAGGCGAUGCGUCACUUCAGCUGGACAAUCUUAGCGACAUUGACGAUGUUAUCGACCUCGCAGAUUUGGUGUCUUCGGAUUCCGAACGCCCAUCGCCUGCCGUUGCGGCGAGAACUUCUCUAAGUGGUAGCUUUGUUCCAGGGCCACCGCGAUCGGAGCGAAUAUCCUUCCGAAAGACGAGUGGUUGUCCAUUCAGCCGUCCUCCUGUCACUGAAGAGGUUGUUAGCGCAAGAGGUACUCGAACUCCCACGAGUCAGACCGGCAAGCGGAAAGCGAGAUCGCGAAAGAUUAAACGCGAAGAGCUGCCGAUCGCUCAUUUAGAGUGGGGAACGAUCAAAACAGAGGGAGCUCCCCCAGACCCGCGGUAUGACUGCGGGCUGGCGCUGUAUGAGAGUCUUCUGAUUGUUGUAGGCGGGAUCGUUGGCAAGUUGCGGCUGAACGACCUCCAUAUUCUGGAUCUUGCAACGAAUCGUACGCCUCAUUGGAUCCAACCGCCGAUUAGCGGUACUCCUCCACCAUCGGGACACCUUCUACAGAUAUUUAUCAUUGGAGACACACUAUAUGCCAUCGGAGGCACCAUGGACGGCAAAUUUCUAACUGAACUCCACGCGCUCAAUCUCAAGUCUGGAGAUUGGAAGUGGGAGAAGAUCAAAGUGACUGGAACGCCACCAUCGAUGCGGUACUGGUACUCGCUGACAGUACUGCAUGGUAUGGUGAUUUUGUAUGGAGGCUAUGGACACCCACAGCGGCUCAGCGAUACCUUUGCUCUACGAUUUGACACAGAAACCCCGACUUGGGUAGAACUCAAUCCUCGUGGUGAUAUUCCAGGCCAGUCUUCGACUCAUUCGGCGUGUGUCAUCAAAGACCGCAUGUACAUAUUCGGCGGAUACGACGGCAAAUACCGGCGAGGUCAACUAUUUGUAUUCGAAAUUGAGAGCAUUACUGAGAGCGAUAUCAACUGCGUGUGGCGCACAGUGGAGACACUUGGAGGCGGACCAGCGCCGCGUUAUACCCACUCCGGCGCCAGUAUUGGCUCUCAACUGAUUAUUUACGGAGGCAACACGGGUUGUUUGAAAGGUGAUGCGUACGUGCUAGAUGUCGGCACUGGCGACGUUCUUCCGACGUGGAAGUUGGUCAAAAGUGACCCACCUCUUAUCCCUCGUGCUUGGCACCGGGCGGUAGUUUAUAAUGACGCGAUGUACGUGUUUGGGGGGCGUACUCCGGCGGGAAACGACAACCAGGUCAUUCGUCAUACCCUGAGCGCCACUUCAAGUUAG